CUCACGUUCGGGCCUUCGUCCCGGUGAAUCAGUGAGAAGACGGCCGUGAGCCUCAAAUCAGCUAUUGUACUGCCUGAUUAAGGGCGUGCAUAGGCCUGCCCGAACGAUAUCCGUCCUAUCUUGGAUUUGAGGUUUGCACGAUACGUCACUUAUCGUAGGUUCUCAAAGCCGACCCUAGGUCCGCCCCGCCGCCGCUUGUCUGCCACAACCCCUCCACUCCGUCCUCCAAAAAUCACACCACACCAUCUUUCGCGCGCCAACAUGGGAAAGCCACCGAACCUAUACGCCUUCAAGAACGCCGACGAGCUCGCGCCCAGCCUGCGCGCAUACGUGCUCGAUGCGCAGAACACCGCGAUCGAGCGGCAUAACGUUUUCCGCGUCGCCGUCUCGGGAGGCUCUCUACCGAAGACCCUGGGACAGGCGCUGCUGAAGGAGACAAACGGGGAGGGAAAGCCUCAGUUCGACAAGUGGGAAAUCUUCUACGCCGAUGAGCGCGCCGUGCCCCUCGAUCACGAAGACAGCAACCACAGGCUUGUGAAGGCCGAGCUUCUGGACAAAAUUCCGGCUGCGCUGGGUACACCCAAGGUCUACCCCAUCGACACCAAGUACCUUGACGACGUCCAGGAGCUAGCAGACCAAUACGAGAAGACACUUGUCAGCGUCUUUGCUGCACGGGACAGUGUCAAGCUGCCCCUCUUCGAUCUGCUUCUGCUCGGGUGCGGGCCCGACGGCCACACUUGCAGCUUGUUCCCUGGCUCCGACCUGCUGCGGCAAGAAGACGCUUGGGUUCUCCCCAUUUCCGACUCUCCGAAGCCACCGCCGAAACGCAUCACAAUCUCUCUUCCCGUCGCCCAAGCUGGACUCAAGAUCGCUUUCGUCGCGACAGGUGGUGGCAAGAAGGACAUCAUGAAGCAAAUAUUCGACUCUGACGAAGGACACCAGCUGCCCUGCGGAUUGAUCAAUCACAAGGGUGAAGGUCGAGUCAGCUGGUUUGUUGAUUACCCCGCCAUCGAGGGCGUAGCUUUCCCAGCUCGCCGUGGCAGCCUCUAAACGGCAAGAUAUACUAGCCGUCGUAUCAUUCGCUGGUUCCUUGGAUCGAGAUUGGAAAGUCAUUCACUCUACAUGCUCUGAGCCUGACAUUAGGCACUUGAAGAGCUUUCGUUUGUGCUUUCGCGAUGGAGACCGACCACGCUGUGGAAGUCACCUCUCGAAGUAGGCAUUGGGCCACUCGCUCACAAGUUAGACAUGAAUAGAUCA